GUGACUUCAUCCCAACCUGCCUUCUUUGGCAAUGGAACCAAACUCACUGUUUUAGGUAAAUACUUUCUACUUCCUUAUCAUGUAAUUGAUGAUUUUUAACAUUAUUUAUUUACAAAAACAUGGAUGAUUGACAAAAAAGCAAGUAUUACUAAAGUAUUUCUGAUGCCAAAUGCAUAGAACAAGGCAGUAGUGUUUGGGAUAAUUACUGCUCAGUAUGUCUUCGCUGUGACAACUAUGAUCCUGCGUUCUUCGGAGCGGGAACCAAACUGACUGUUCUGGGUAAGAGAAUGUUGACCAUGAUAGAACUAAUGGGUCUCUAUUUGUGGUCUAGUAGUAUAGUGAUGUGAGGAUUUAGUUCAUUGUGGAUUCAGUACAUUAGGGUUAGUUGCACACUAGUGUUACUCCACUCAAUGCUUUUUGAUGUUAAGCCUGUGCACUGUGCCAACUAUGAGGCAUAUUUUGGAGCAGGCACCAAAUUAACAGUUCUCGGUAAGUAAUCCAUAUACUAUGUUUGACCUAUGUGUAGUUUGAGUUAGACAACAUACUUGUGAGAAGAGAGUUUCAAUAUCGUAUUAUAUUAUAGUGUGUUUGUCUCACCCUAUAUGUGUUCUAAACUGGUAAGAACAUGGUGUUGGUUGGUAUUAGGAGAAUAGAGUUAUCAAAGGUCAUGAUUGGGAUGGAAAGUUCUAGACAAAAGCAUUUGCUGGAGACUAUAUCUGUAUUAGAGCAGUGCUCCACUGUGCUGGUGGUGCCGGCCAGGCUUCCUUCGGUGGAGGAACCGGGUUAACGGUUCUAGGUAAGAAAUGACACCAAAAAAAGUGCAGUAAUCUAUGUGUUUAUGAUGUAUGUGGUUGUAUGAUUUUUAGAGAAAUGUACUGUAACAGAAUGACUGUGUAGUGUCUUUGAAUGUCCUCCUUACGUGGUCACAUAAAGGUUGAGUAAAUCCACUGUGCUGGUGGUGCCGGCCAGCCUUACUUCGGUGGAGGAACCAGGUUAACUGUUCUAGGUGAGAAAUUACACCAAAAUAAAACCAUGUUCACACCUGAUUGGGAUUGAUAAUACAUGUGAUUUGUGCACCUUUAAAUCUCAUGACUAGAAUCUGUAGGUUACAGUGUUUAGUUGAUCUUAUGUGGCAUGAAAUGUGUCCUAAUGACUGCUGUAGGUGGAAAGCGCUUAUAUUUCAUUAGAAAAAGAGUCAAAAUAAUGUCUUUGGUUAUGAUUUAGAUGAUACCUGUAUCUGAGUUACUGUGAAGAGUAUUUGAAUGUCCUUGUAACAGAGUAACAAAGGUUGAGAAAGUCCAGAGUCCCAGUCAGAGCUGGAUACUUUAUGAUACAGCCUCGUCGCUCUGUGUUCAUACGCGGAAGCAUACUUUGGAGCCGGCACCAAACUCACCGUUUUGGGUAAGAAAAUCUACUACCGAAUGUUAGUACAAAUGUACAUAAGGGAAUAGCAUGGACAAAACGUAAAAUAUUCUGCAACAUAAAACCAUAUAAUUUUACUAUACAUCUUAAUCUGUUUAGUUUUUUUUUAACUAAGAGAGUAUAUUUUAAUGUAACUGGAUGGCAGUAAAAGCAUCAGUUAUGUUCCCCUAACAUGGUAUUGAGGUAUAAAGUGGUCUGGCUCCAUGCCCAGACCCAGUCUACAGCUCCCAUGGUUCUAGUUAUCAGCUCUGUUAGGAGCGGUGAGAUUCAACACACAGGCUUACUAUGGCAAUAGAACAAGACGGAACAGUCUAAGGUACAACAAGAUAACUCGUGUAAGACAUGCGAAAAUGAUCGGAGGAAGUUCAGGAGUAAAAACAAACAAAAUAUAAUGAUUGACUGUGUCCAUGAAAUGUAUAUAGUAUGUAUAAGCAUGAAGUAGAGGCCUAAGCAUUGUUGUUCACUAGUUUACUCCAAUUAGGGAGGGGAUGGUGGGGUUGGAAAGUAAUAAAGGGAAAUAUAUAUAUUUUUAAGGAUAUGUAUGUAUAUCUAUCUAUCUAUAUAUAUAUAUACUAUAUAUAUAGGGCAAUAAAAAACAUAUGGGGAUUGAAAGUGAUGCAGACAAUUACAUUGAUGGAAGUUACAAUCCAUCUACAAUAUUAAAGCUGAUCUACCUCCUAAGAAGAAAAAAUACCAAAAAACAACAGUCUACAGGAAAGGCAAAAAACAACAGUCUAAAAAGGUAAAGGCAAAAAACAACAGUCAAGGAAAGGCAAAAAACAACAGUCUAAGGUAAGGCAAAAAACAACAGUCUAAGGUAAGGCAAUAAAAAAACAACGAUGAUGAUUUGAUCUGAUGCUGUAGGUGUCAUUUAUCUCGUGAUGUAGAAAUGUUUCAUAGAAUAGCACCAAAACCAUGUAACAGCAGCAACAUUAGGGUGUAUUUAGCCAGACUCUGCCAGAGUGGUGACAGGAGGGAUCUUUCUGAGGCCGAGUACCAGCGUCAACUACAACCAGGCAUUCCUCAGCAGCGGCACCAAACUCAACACUUCUGGCUGAGAAACCUGACGAUUAAAUGUGCAUAGACGCUUAUAGAUGUACGACCCAUAUAGAGAUGUCUCUGUUCAUGACAGAGACUUUGGCUUAUUUCUAAACACGUGUGAACCAGAUCUAUUUUUUUUUUAUAGAUACGUGUAAAAGAAUGUUGAAAAUCCUCCUCCCGAGACGUUGGUUUGCAUGAAUCUAUAUGGUGUUACAUCAGUUUGAAGAAACCAUUUAAUAGUUCAGACCAAGGAAAGUAGUAGAACUGUGGCAGAACUGGGUCAUGAUCCAGAGCCUGUCGUGUGUAGUAUGCUGUCUCUCUGUGGAACACGGAUAAGGCAGAGUUUGGUCCAGGAACCAGACUCACUGUUCUAGGUAAGAGAUUCGCCUCUUUAAAGUAUUUAUACACAAUAUUGAAAUAAUUUGUAAUAAUGGAUUGAAUUCUAGUUGAUCGCUUUGGUACAUUAGUUGAGCGUGCAAAUAUUCAGGAGGGGGAAAAUACAUAGGUUUGUUUCAGUCCCGUGAAUAGAGCUAACGGAGGAAGUGAGUUCAGCUCUGUCGACAUAAACAUGCUUUGAAAUACAGUAUUACCCCCUUUGCUAAAGACAAACUACAGCAAAUACAGUAUUAACCCCCUUUGAAAUACAGUACUUGCUAGCUAGCAUCACCUGGUUUUCUGUCUGUGAAGUAUGUGGUGUGCUCUGGUGGGUAUGCUGCCUACUUUGGAGAGGGAACGAAGCUAACAGUUCUGGGUAAGGAUACCGUAAGAGUGCUGUAAAAAUACUGUGAUAAUCACAUGUUACAGCUUUCAUGUUCUACGGUCUUGACAAUGCCUUUGGCAGCUGGUCACAAAGUGGUUCACUCUGAGCUGCUGAAUGAAAUGCUGUGUUGUUAUGUGCUUGUCUGGACACAGAAUUUGGUGGUUCAUGUUGCCUUGACGUUACUGUCAAGAAUGAGAAAGACGGGACCAGUUUAUAGAAGGAGAAAGACAGGACCAGUUUAUAGAAGGAGAAAGACAGGACCAGUUUAUGGUAGGAGAAAGACAGGACCAGUUUAUAGAAGGAGAAAGACAGGACAGUUUAUAGAAGGAGAAAGACGGACCAGUUUAUAGAAGGAGAAAGACAGGACCAGUUUAUAGAAGGAGAAAGACAGGACCAGUUUAUAGAAGGAGAAAGACAGGACCAGUUUAUAGAAGGAGAAAGACAGGACCAGUUUAUAGAAGGAGAAAGACAGGACCAGUUUAUAGAAGGAGAAAGACAGGACCAUUUUAUAGAAGGAGAAAGACAGGACCAUUUUAUAGGUGGCAUUUAUGUAUGGUUCAGGUGUGAUGUCAACAACCAACAGAGCCAUUGAUUGAUUGUUAAAGGUUAAACCUUCUUUUAUUUCCUCCCUGCAGACCCAAACAUCGAUGUCAAAGAACCCACAGUGAAAGUCCUUCCACCCUCCACGAAGGAGUGUGAGGCUAGAAACAAGAAGAAGAAGAAGACUCUGGUGUGUGUGGCCACCAAAUUCUACCCCGACCAUGUCACUGUGUUCUGGCAGUUUAAUGGAGGCGCCAUCACUGAUGGAGUAGGGACCGACAACAAGGCCUUGAGGGAUAAAGAUGGGAUAUUCUACAGUAUCACCAGCAGACUGAGAGUCCCAGCCAAGGACUGGAACAAGCCCUCCAACAAAUUCACCUGCAUCGUCGAGUUCUUCAAUGGGACCGUUAGCAGAAAUGAGACAGAUCACAUUAACGGAGAAGAAGGUAUUGCCAAAUUAUGAACUAAAACUCUGUCUUUGUUUAUGAGAAGAAACAGGUUUCGUUGAACUACAAUAGUAUGAUUCUCUUUUUUUUGGCAUUUUCUAGUGAAGUGUUUAGUCAAGUAGUACGCUUCUCUAUAGCAUUGGACUAUGUAGAACUAUGAUGUACACUAGCCUGUGUAGAACUAUGAUGUACACUAGCCUGUGUAGAACUAUGAUGUACCCUAGCCUGUGUAGAACUAUGAUGUACCCUAGCCUGUGUAGCUCUAUGAUGUACACUAGCCUGUGUAGAACUAUGAUGUACACUAGCCUGUGUAGAACUAUGAUGUACCCUAGCCUGUGUAAUCUAAAACACUCCUUUGUUUCUUUCAGGUCCAGGUGGUGAUGGUGGGAUGACUGCAGGUACAUUUUCCCAUUCUAGACUGAGCUACUUAUUGUUCGUGACAAAUACAUGGUAUACAUAUAACCUAUAUGUAAAUACUGUUUACAAUACUAUCACAUUUAUUCAUGCGUAAUCCGCGGAACGAUAUUACCUGACGCCCUCUUAAUCAAGGUCAUUUAAAUGUAUUAUUUUCCUUGCAGAGUACUACGUGAACAGCACCCUGAUUGCCAAGCUGGCCUACAGCGUCUUCAUCGCUAAGAGUACCUUCUAUGGACUGGUCGUCAUGGUUCUGAUCUGGAAGCUUCAGGUGAGUUCACUGCAGCUAUGAUGAGGGACAUCCACUCACCCCUCUCUCUCUUCCUCAAUCUAUGCCUUGUGCUUAGAUGAGUCCCAAAUAUGUUUGUGCUGUCUUGCCAACUCUUAUGGUCGGCGUGACAAUGAUACACUGUAGGAGUUGGCAGGACAGCACAAACAGAUCCGGAACCAGGCUAGCUUUGUGCUAACAACGUUUCUAAAAUGGCCGCAUACGGUCUUUAACCUGUAUCUCUGUGUUUAAAAUACAGACACCAUACUGUCUUUAACCUGUAUCUCUGUGUCUCAUUCAGCUCUCCUCAGAUAAACAGAUGUAAUUGAUCACUGACCGAGACCCAGCCACCCGUGGAAGCUGAGCUCAGUGGACUGGAGGUCGUCAUGCGUGCGCAUAAGGCUCUGGUGAAAAGUAGUGCACUAUAUAGGGA